AUCCCGACAACGACGAUGACGACGAAAUUCUCGUCCUUCAACCGCUUCCCAAAUGUCUGCUCUUCCCCAUCCCGUUCUCCCGUGUGUCCUCGUCUCCUCGCCAUCUCUGCGUCUCGCGACAUUCGCGGCUGAUAUCACCGUAUAUAAGAAAGCGAUCGGUAGAGGACAACGCGAAAGCGCGGAUCUUCUUGCGUCAGUCGACAGUGUCUUCAGGGACUAGCACAGUGCACUGGCAGACGUUGUUCCUUGUGGAUUGGUAACAGCAUAUUUCUGAGAUGUCGGCCAAAGUUUCGUGGAUCGUUGCGACCACGCUCGCAUUGCUCUGCAUUUGCGUGUACGCUCAACAGCCUGCCGAUUUAAUCCUUUCACAAGUCUGCUUGGGCUGCAUAUGCGAGGUUACAUCAGGAUGUAACACCACCAUCGGCUGCUACGAUUCAGUAUGUGGGCCCUUUGCCAUAACGUGGGGCUAUUGGUCUGAUGCUGGUAAACCAACCCUGAACAACGAGCCGCUCAAUGACAAGUCUUACGCAAACUGUGUUAACGAUCCUUAUUGCGCCGCUAAUACGAUACAAGGAUAUAUGAACAAAUUCGGUCAGGACUGCACCGGAGAUGGAGUGAUCAAUUGUGACGAUUAUUUGCGUAUUCAUCGAUUGGGCGGAUAUGGUUGCACUGGUCAGCUAGAUAAGAAAUAUGAAUAUAGAUAUAAACUGUGCAUGCAAACUUUCGGUCAGUAACACGUACAUUAUGUUAGAACCGAAAGACAUUCUAUUAUCUAUAGUCGUAUAUGUAUGAAUAAAUCUGAUAAAGACUUACAGUAUAUUUUAGUCGCAUAUUUAGAAUGUAUAACUGUUAAUUUGUAUCAUAUAGUGAUACAGUACCUUAGUCUGUAGUUUCAUUUGCUAUAUAAUGUGAUUUUUGGUAAAUAAAUUUACAAGAAUUGUAACAUUUUAUAAUAAAUUUAUGAAAAAAAA